AUGGCCAAGGCCCUACCGCAAGUGGCUGAUUCCAGCCAGGUCGACAUAUUGUCGCUGAGGGAUGUGGCGUCUUCGUCCCUUUCAGGACAAUCUUCUGCCGGAGCUUCGGUUCAUGACUCGUCAACUGGCUGGCCCAUUGACUGUCAGUCCUCCCUCGAUCUUGGCGCUGAAGAGGCUGCCGAACCACUCCUUUAUGGCACCAACUCCGCUGACUCCGAAUGGCAGGACACGUGCCGAGAAGUUGCUGGCCGAAUGUCCUCCCCUCCUCUUGCGAAAUCGCAGACCCGUCCUGUCCAUUUCGGAGCCGAUGACUUUCCGGCUCCGUUAUCCACCGAAAUGGCUUGCAAAGAGGCCUCAGUCGAGGAGGACAUUAAGGAUCCGACGAGUGUUGAGCGAGAGGCGGCAGAGGGUGAAGAGUGGAAUGAAAACGGAGUGGAGGGGCAGGAGCAGCAGCCUCGGAUGACCACGACUACCAGACCGAUGUUGGCCACCUCCUGGCCGCAGACGACGCAAAGCAAAUCAUCCUGCUCGGUCGCCCCACCAGUCGGCAUGGCGACAGGGCAAGCAGACGGCUCUGAUGUGAACCGUGAAAUGGGCAGUCGGAUGGCAAGGCGACCGGUGGAAAUGUCUGAUUUCGGUCUGGAUCUGAGCUCAGAAUCAUUGAAGCCUGGUGACUUUGCUGACGGUCAACUUGGCUCCGGUUCCGGGGUCUUUGAUCCCACUGGUCAACCGUCCAGU